AUGGCGCUGAGCAAAGGGCUGCGGCUGCUCGGGCGGCUGGACGCCUCGGGGGAGUGGAGCGUCCUGCUGGAGGCGCGCGGCCGCGGGGACUGCCUGCUCUUCGAGGCCGGCACGGUGGCCACGCUCGGUGGCGCUUCCCUGAGCUUCCUGGUUUUGGUGACAGGCUGCACAUCCGUGGGCAGAAUUCCAGAGGCUGAAAUCUACAAAAUCACCGCCACCGACUUUUACCCUCUACAGGAGGAGGCCAAGGAGGAGGACCGCCUCACAGCCUUGAGGAAGAUCCUCAACUCGGGGGUCUUCUACUUCUCGUGGCCCAGUGAUGGGUCCAGCUUCGACCUCACCGUCCGGGCGCAGAAGCAGGGCCAUGACAGCUACGAGUGGGGGAGCUCCUUCUUUUGGAACCAGCUGCUGCACGUGCCCCUGAGGCAGCACCAGGUGAGCUGCUGCGACUGGCUGCUGAAGGUCAUCUGCGGCGUGGUGUCCAUCCGCACGGUGUACGCCUCGCACAAGCAGGCCAAGGCCUGCCUCAUCUCCCGCAUCAGCUGCGAGCGCGCCGGCGCUCGCUUCCACACCCGCGGCGUGAACGACGAUGGCCACGUGUCCAACUUCGUGGAGACUGAGCAGACGAUUUACAUGGAUGAUGGAGUGUCGUCUUUUGUCCAGAUCAGAGGCUCCGUUCCACUGUUUUGGGAGCAGCCCGGGCUUCAGGUAGGUUGGUGGCUGGGAGAGACUGGUUUUCUCCCCCUGGCCACCACCCCAACCAAUUUUGGGUCCUGGGGAACAGCUCCUCCCGGACCUCUGGUGCCAAGCAGGUCCCUCCUGCACCCUGUGCCCUCGAGGGUGGGGCCGCCAGUCUGUGUUGGCAUCACGGGGUCACAGGCUGCGCUGUUCCGUUGCAGGCAUAUGGUGCUUCUGAAGGAGCAGUAUGGGAAGCAAGUGGUCGUAAACCUGCUAGGGAGCAGAGGCGGAGAGGAGGUGCUCAACAGAGCCUUCAAGAAGCUGCUCUGGGCCUCUUGCCACGCCGGUGACACGCCUAUGAUCAACUUCGACUUCCAUCAGUUUGCCAAAGGCGGGAAGCUAGAGAAAUUGGAGAACCUGUUGAGGCCCCAGUUGAAGCUGCACUGGGAUGACCUGGACGUGUUCGCCAAGGGCGAGAAUGUAAGUCCACGUUUUCAGAAAGGUACUUUGCGGAUGAACUGCCUUGAUUGCCUGGACCGAACCAACACAGUGCAGAGCUUCAUCGCACUUGAGGUCCUUCAUCUGCAGCUCGAGAGCCUAGGGCUGAAUUCAAAGCCCAUCGCUGACCGCUUUGUGGAGUCCUUCAAAGCCAUGUGGUCUCUGAAUGGGCACAGCCUGAGUAAGAUGUUCACGGGCAGCCGGGCCCUGGAAGGGAAGGCCAAGGUGGGGAAGCUGAAGGACGGGGCCCGGUCCGUGUCUCGCACUAUCCAGUCCAGCUUCUUUGAUGGGGUGAAGCAGGAGGCCAUCAAGCUGCUGCUAGUUGGGGAUGUCUACACCGAGGAGUCUGCAGACAAAGGAAGGAUGCUCCUGGACAACACGGCCCUGCUGGUGACGCCCAGGAUCCUGAGAGCCAUGGCAGAGCGCCAGUCGGAAUUCACGCAUUUCAAGCGGAUCCGCAUCGCCACAGGGACCUGGAACGUGAACGGAGGCAAGCAGUUCAGGAGCAACCUCCUUGGCACGGCCGAGCUGGCCGACUGGCUGCUCGACUCCCCCAGGCUCGCCGGCCUCGCAGGACCCCAGGAUGAGGACAGCCCAGCUGACAUAUUUGCCGUGGGGUUUGAAGAGAUGGUGGAGCUGAGCGCAGGGAAUAUCGUCAACGCCAGUACCACCAACAGGAAGAUGUGGGGUGAGCAGCUCCAGAAAGCCAUCUCACGCUCUCAUAGGUACAUUCUCUUGACUUCGGCACAGCUGGUGGGCGUCUGUCUGUAUAUCUUUGUACGUCCAUACCAUGUCCCGUUCAUCAGGGACGUGGCCAUGGACACGGUGAAGACAGGCAUGGGGGGAAAGGCGGGGAACAAAGGGGCCGUGGGCAUCCGCUUUCAGUUCCACAGCACCAGCUUCUGCUUCGUGUGCAGCCACCUGACGGCCGGGCAGUCCCAGGUGAAGGAGAGGAACGAAGACUACAGGGAGAUCACCCAGAAGCUGAGUUUCCCGAUGGGAAGGAACAUUUUUUCUCACGAUUACGUGUUUUGGUGCGGCGAUUUCAACUACCGCAUCGAUCUCACUUAUGAGGAAGUCUUCUAUUUUGUCAAACGCCAAGACUGGAAGAAACUUCUGGAAUUUGAUCAGCUGCAGCUACAGAAAUCAAGUGGGAAAAUUUUUAAAGACUUUCAUGAAGGCGCCAUUAAUUUUGGACCUACCUACAAAUAUGACGUUGGCUCGGCCGCCUACGACACAAGUGACAAAUGCCGCACCCCUGCCUGGACAGACAGGGUCCUGUGGUGGAGGAAGAGGCACUCUUUUGACAGGACAGCUGGAGAACUCAACCUUCUAGACAACGAUGUAGAUGCUGAUACCACCGUCAGACAUUCCUGGUCUCCUGGUGCCCUCAAGUAUUACGGCCGAGCCGAACUACAAGCGUCUGAUCACAG